CAGCCGAGAGAGCUCGCGUAAGCCGCAUCAUCUUGCGUUGAUACUCCGCGACAGUGAAAUUGUGAAAAAUAUUACAUUAAAAUUGUUUUAGUUCAUAACUUUAAAUAUCAAUUUACUCCUAAUUUAUGCUCACUAGAGACACAUUAAAACAGAAAGACAUGCGAGUAAUGGAAAUAAACAAAUAAAGAAGUAAAAGCAUUAAACAUAAAGAAAUAGGACGUAGUAUUAUCAAGGUGGAGUGAUAUUUUGGGUAUCAGGGCAGUCUGCCAGAUUAAUGUAUGCGGUUCGGUGGAUUUUAGACGACACAAUUGCAACGAUUUGUAAACAUUAAUAUAUAGUAUCAAACAUAAUAUAUACUGAAUGUUGUGAACGUAUAACGAGACCAAUAAUAUACAUUGUAAAGUACUAAUAAAUAAACUUCAAAAUAAUGUGUGCGCCAAAAAAUGGAUUUCCUAAUAAAUUAGACUAAAAUGUAGAGUUUUAAGAAUUUCAUAUAACUAUAUUCAAAAAUGAGUGUGGAACUUGUAAAAGCAAAUGUCGAGGCUGGCUUACAGCCCCAAAGGUCCAGUCGAGGUCCAGUGCGGAGAGGACCUGGUCCCCCCAAAAAGUCAAUAGCCAGUCGACUUUGGGACCUAUUGCAACCACUAGCGAGAUUAUGGGGUCUCGUCACUGCUGUUGUAAUGAGCGGCGCUGGAACGGAACUUUGGGUCCUGGGAUAUGAAGUAGCACCUGCUUUACUAGUGGGCGCAGCUCUAGUACUAAUACUAGAGACGAUGUGGGUGGCCGCGUUGUUCGUGGACCUUUUAUGUCGCCGUGGGGAGUACACACUGUCCUUGCGGUGCUGGGACUUCAUGCGGUGGUCGUGCGGUCGAGCGCGCGCUCCGUUCUACGCAUGCGCCGCCACAGCACUGCUGUUUGCCAAUCUCAGGCUAUUGUCCACAAUAGCAGGUGGAAUGUUACUAGUACUAGCGGCACUCCGAGCGGCUGUGCCUUUCUCUCCUUACGCGACCCACGGUCCACAUUCGCCAAGAGCCGGCAGCUCCUUGCUAAGCCAGCACGACUCGCCGCUUCCCGACGUGUUUUAUAACGCGGCACAUACAGAGGAAGAUAGGAGUGAAGAGAUGACCGUUCUCAGCAUCAAAACUCCAGAGAGGUCUCGUUCCGUCACACCGAAGCCAGCUCUUGUCGAGUUUUAAACUGAAUGGAUGAAAGUGCAACAAAAAGAAAAACUUUGUUAUGUAGUGAUAUAUUUAUAAUUACGCUUUAUUCUAAGUCUAAAAUUUGGAGUGCAAUAAUAUUAAAUUCGCACUUUUCAGCUCAAGCUAAAUUAUUUCGUAUGUAGUGUUAAUUUAGGUACCUAUUUAAUAAUUGUAUAAUUUUUAUAUGAAUCAUCUGUGAUAGAUUAGAGUGUAGUUAUUACUACAUGGUACGAUGGAAAAUACCUAAAUAUAGUAAUGAUAAACUU